ACCAUGCGUUUGAGAUCACGCGCGGCAAAAGUGUAAACCGCCACACAUCAGCGUCUUUCCGAACCCCAACAACUCCAAAAGUAUCAAAUCAACCGAGUUCCAAGCUUCGUAACCCCCCGGAAAUUCCCCCGAAGCCGCCAAAAAGCAUAACUCCGAGUAAAAAAGAACAGUGAACCCCACGAGUGCAGUCGCUCCCCCGAAAUUCCUCGUCGUGUAGUUUUGGCGGGGUGACGUGUUGUCUUCGUGUAUUGACAGCCAUAUAACCCCCCCGGAGGGGCGGUUGAAGGAGACAACCGCCAGUUGGUGGGGGGUGAAUUAUUUCUAGCGCGUUUUCGCGAGCCGCACACAAGUGCACGAGGCACCAAGCCGAAAAGCCCCUUCCCCCGACAUAAACAAACCCCCAGAAUUGCGAUAAAAAUAUUAAAAAGCCCUCUGUACCCAGGAAUAAUCACUCGGUGCCUCUGGCGUCCCCCGAGAAAUGUCCCCCCCUGUUCCAUUAAUCCCCAUAACGACUGAAUUUCGAGGAAAAUUGUGGUAAAGUGGGGGGUAACAGUACCUGGAAAGUGGUGUUAGUGCACAGUGUAAAAAAGCCAUACACUAAACGUACAAAUGGUGGGGAUAAUACCAAUGCACGAUGGGUAGUAUUUUCACAUCGCGCCUGCGCAAAACAGUUAACAGUUGGAGCUUGGAAGAAAAUGGCGUCAGCUAAGUUUCUUGAGGAAGCUCUGAGCACGGACGUUGAUGAAUCCGCUGUUAAUGCAAUUGUUGGUUCACUCGAGACGCAGUUGGUAACAUCAACGCCUGGUAUAACAGUACAACAGCCAACAACAGUUGUUGUGAGCCAACACAAUAAUCAAAUAGCCAGUGGUAUAUCAAAUGGUGGUAGUAUUCCUGGUGUACAGAAACAUGGGGUUGCCAAUGGUGGUGGUACAACAUCAGUGAAUAGCCUAAUGACACAGGAAGUAACAAAGUCAAUAGCAACAGCAACACUUAUGCCGGUUGAUGCUGUCACAACUAAUGCAGGAUUACCGCAUACAGCACAGCAGAAUCAGGUGCAGCAGCAGCAACAGCAGCACCACCAACAGCAUCAUCAGCAGGUUGUGGUGACAACUCAGGCACACGUACAUGGACAAUUGUCUGGCUACAUCAAUCAAGUUACGAGUAAUCAGGUGACAACAAAUCAGAGUAAUAUACAGAGUUUGAGUAAGACACACGAGUCUGUCAAGAUAAUAUCGUAUCCAGCAUCGGGACAAGUGAUAGCAACAACUGGUGUUGUUAAUAACAAGAUAACAUUUCCUGGACAAUUGGCUAAUGGAACAAUUGGUGUUGCACAGACAGCUGUUUUACAGACAACUUCGAAUGUUGUUAGCAAUGUUGUGGGCACUGUGACCCAGACUGUUGGUGGACAGACUGUGGCGGGGGUUAAUAAGACAACUGGUACAGCUUUGGUUAUUAAAACUAGUGGUGCACAGGGGGGUAUGGUGUCAGUACCAAUGUCAGUACCAGUAUCAGUUACUGGCAAUACUGCUGGUACAACGUUACAGGGUAAACAGGUUGGAUCCACUAUUGUACCCAGUAAUGUGCAGAUUGUCAAUGUCAAUGCUAUGAGGCCUGGUACACCCGUAUCGGGACAACAGCCUGGGAAACAGGUUGCCAAUAGGGUUGUCAUUGGACCGCACAUUGUUGGCACGAGACCUGGCGCUCCUGGGAUUACACUUCAAGCCCUUCAGGGCCUUGCUCCUGGUGCUCAAGGCCAUCUCAUCGUCAAAACUGAGAAUGGACAAUAUCAACUGCUCAGGGUGGGACCAGCGCCGACAACUGGAACCCCUGGUGGUGGUGCUGUCACAGCUAACAGUAUUGGCGGGAAUGCUGUUGUUGGCCCAACAGCUGGAACAACUUAUCGUCUUGCCUCGGUACCGGCUGUAAGUAGGCUGAACGCACAGUUCACUGGCCCACCACUCGCCACCAUAAGAAAACCCGUUCAGACGGUAGCUCCAAUAGUAACUACCACAACAGUAACACCAGCCACAGUAACAGCAGCAGCUCCAACGACAGUCACACCCCCCACAACAACCGCUCAAACCCCCCAAACUCCCGCACAGCGUCAAACCACAGAUAAUACCAAAGAAAAGUGUCGUAAAUUCUUAGCAAACUUGUUAGAGUUGUCUAGUCGGGAACCUAAGCAAGUGGAACGUAAUGUGCGGACGUUGAUACAAGAGUUAAUUGAUACUAGAGUUGAACCCGAGGAGUUUUGUGAUAGACUCGAGAAAUUGUUGAAUGCAUCGCCACAACCAUGUCUCAUUGGUUUUCUCAAGAAAAGUUUGCCAUUGCUGAGGCAGUCACUAGUUACGAAGGAAUUGGUCAUCGAGGGAAUAAGACCACCACCUCCAAAUGUUGUGUUUUCUGUAGCAACGGCAGUGCCUCAAGUGCAGCAACAGCUCUCCUCCUGCUAUGCAAAAAAGAAUCAGAUAAGGCCGACAGUGGCAGUGGCUCAAUCAGUUCCUGUUGUGAUGACAAGUACUCCAGCUCCCCUGAGAGUAAUGACACCACUUCCAGCAGCAGUCGUGACGACUCCCGCCCCUCGGAUACCUCAACCUGUUCAACAGAGACUGAUACGACCAGUAACGACAAUAGUACGCAGCCCUACGCCUUACCCCGUUAAAUCAACGGUGGCAGUUACGGGUGUACGACCACCCACUCCAACUGUACAAAAAGCACCAAUAACAACGACAAGUGUUGUUAAAACAACGACACCUGUUACCCAAGGUAAAACUGUCAACACCGCCACUACUGUUAGCAAAACCAUUGUGCCUUCUCUCACACCAAAACCAGCGGUCAAAGAGAAAGAAAAAAAGACUUUUUCAUCGGCAGGCUACACGGGAGAUGAUGACAUUAAUGAUGUAGCAGCAAUGGGAGGGGUGAAUCUCGCUGAAGAGUCGCAGAGAAUUCUUGGAUCCACGGAGUUCGUUGGUACGCAGAUACGAUCGUGUAAAGACGAGGUUUUCCUUCACGUGUCACCCCUUCAACAGAGGAUUAAACAAAUUGUAACUAGUUAUGGAUUGGAAGAGCCCAAUCAGGAGGUAGCCGCGUUAAUAUCACAUGCAACUCAGGAAAGAUUAAAAAAUUUGGUGGAGAAAUUAGCUGUUAUUGCCGAACAUAGGAUAGAUCUCAUUAAGGUUGAUCCGAGAUAUGAAGUAACGCAGGAUGUCAGGGCCCAGUUAAAAUUCCUUGAGGAGCUCGACAGGGUAGAGCGCAGAAGGCACGAAGAGCAAGAACGUGAGUUACUUCUUCGUGCUGCUAAGAGUCGUGCUAGAACGGAGGAUCCUGAGCAGGCCAAAUUAAAAGCAAAGGCCAAAGAGAUGCAACGAGCAGAGAUGGAGGAAUUGCGUCAGCGUGAGGCGAACCUAACAGCACUACAGGCAAUUGGUCCCCGCAAGAAGCCAAAAUUGGACGGUACCGGUACAGGAAGUAGUUCAGGUACAAGUGGCAGUGGACUGAUAGCCUCGGCAACCGGAAUGAACCGGCAGAUGCCACUGAGGCCACGUUUAAAAAGAGUCAACUUCAGGGAUUUGCUGUUCCUCCUCGAGCAGGAGAAAGAAACGUGUAGAAGUACAACCCUCUACAAAGCAUACCUGAAGUGAUGCACUUUGUUGGGCAGGAACGCUAGUUACCCGCCCAAUAACUGGCGAUCUACUCUCGUGGUCUUGCAUGAGCUGGACUCAGUGGACCUCAUCAGGCACUGCAUUAAUGUUGCAAUGUUUAAAGGGAUUAAAAUUGCGUACAAUUUUUUAAAACAAAAAAUAAUACAUUAUGAAUCACUCGUUAUGUAAUCGACAUGAUCAGUUAUUUUUCAUUUCCAAAAAUCCUGAGGAAAGUGAUUUAUCAUGUCGAUUUGACAAGAAAAAUGCAAAACUUCCCAUUAAUGUAAAUGACUGAGAAAAAAAAACAAAUUUUUUAAUGUAAUAUAAUAUAGAUUGCUCUUUAUUUUUCAUGAGAGAGAGAAAGAGAGAGAGAGAAAAAAAGAAAAUGAAACAAUGUGCGUAAGUGGUGUCGAUGGUCUUCAUGGUGAGGUGAUUACGACAGUUUUAGUGGUUCCUUUUUUCGCCUGAGCCUCUGCGUUUAAUCAAUUGUGUUAUUUUUUUCUUUUGUUUCCAUUACGAAGAGAUGUACAUUGUCACAUUACAUGCCUCGCCUCAGCAUCGUGAAUACUUUGACCUAUACUUUUGGACACUGGUUACUAGAGUCCUGUAACAUGGUGUAAAUGUUUAUUUCUAGGUUUUUUUGCCCCUUUUUUCACUGAUUUAUGACAAUUUUCAGUCGGUUCAUUCUGGUUAGAAUAGUGGAAACAUAUUUUUGCAGUUAUUAAAUGAUUAAUUAACAGAUUGUAAAGUACGCGGUAGCACAUUGUCCAAAAAGUAUAGAAUAAAUUGUACAUUACACGUAAAAUUUACUAAAAAAAAUUAAUAAUUAAUGUAGGGAUAAUUUUGUCAUGUUGGUACAACAGAUUACAGCCACUCGAUUAUUCUCCACCGUAUGAUGGAAAAUUGUUAUCGGUGUAUUAUGUUGCAAUCUACGUUAUCAGUGUUUAUGGAAUUGAAUUAGCUGUUACAUUUUUUUUAAUUUAAACACAAGAACACUUUGUACAAAUAACAUUGAUGAAUGAAGAUAUGAGGAAAUAGUUAAUUAAACACGAUUAUUUUUACAGCAAUUUAAUUGAGAGUUUUGUCUUCAUUUACAUCAUUAAUAAUCAAUGCUUUUUUCUACUUCUGUCGAGGAAAAUUAAUAAAAACAAUCGUGUACCUGAUUUACUAGUAAAAUAACUGAGGACAAAAAAACAUUCGUCUUUAAUUUGUCAUACAAUAUGUUUUCGUUAGUCUUUCUAUACUCUUCUCGUAAUUGUUCUCUUUUAUUGACCAAGUUGGGAGAAUACGAGUGACAAGAAUCGUUUGUACCACUGGCGGAAAUGAAUAAAAAAAAUUUGAAGGUCACAAGACUUUUUAUACUGAGAAAAAUAGCCCGACGGGUUCAACUUAAACGUAAAUGAAUAAAGAAAUUGAGAAGAAUAAAAGUUGAGAGUAAAAAUCCAUUGCGCUUUAAUUUUUGGACUCAUAUCCGCCUGCAAUGUCCAUUUGCCACUGUGAAGACUCGUGAAGAAGAAUUAUUCCCAAACCUCACACGCGAUUGAGAGAUGUUUCGUUCAGCGGGACACAUUGUUUGUAUAGUUCCAUUGUACAGUUGAAUGUAAAAAUAAUUGACGAGAAAGGUAAAUCGAUGUUUGGACGCUAAAAAAUCCUCAGAAUAAUAAUUAUGUUUAUAAUUCAGUAGCAAAGAGGUAAAAUGGUUAUUCAGAACUAUUUCUACUCGUCAGUCUUUUCUAUCUUCCAAAAAUCUGAUGAUGAACUGAAAUAGACGUGAACUGUUCUGCCUCUUCACUACUGAAUUUUCGAAUGAAGAUAAUUGAGUUGCAAGACAAUCAUUGUAUUGCCCCCCCCCCCCCCCCC